AUGUGAAGCACUUUGAGUCUGCCUUGUGUAUGAAAAGUGCUAUAUAAAUAAAGUUGCCUUGCCUUGCCUUGCCUUCUAUUGUAGGCAUGGAGGAGGCAGGGGUGAGGGACUGGAAGGCCAGGCUGGUUGGGUUUGGCAGUGAUGGCGCUGCAGUCAACCUGGGAUCCAAAUCUGGAGUGGAAGCCCGACUCAAACAAGAAGUGGAGCAUUUGGUAUCCAUUCAUUGCACAGCCCACAGACUGGGGCUGGGUGUGGUGGGAGCGGUUAAUUGCGGUUUAUUGCAUGACAAUGUUUAUUUGUGAAGUAUUUUGAUUCUGCCUUGUGUAUGAAAAGUGCUAUAUAAAUAAAGUUGCCUUGCCUUGCCUUGCCUUGAUUUUCGACGUUGGGACAUUCCUGGCGGGAGUCAAUGUUGUAAAACUUGUCAAACAAGUGAGGAACUUUGACCUAAUAUGUCAAUAAACAUUGGCAUAUGAAUCUAUUUUAUACAGCCUCUUAACAACAGUGUGCGACUGUGUGGGGAAGGUCUUUGACUAUUUAACAAAAUAUCAUGGCAAAAUACAUUUUAACAUAAUAUGAAAAGUAAUUGUAAGAUAUCAAUUUGUAAAAUUAUUAUUUACAAUUACAAUCUGAUCUGUAAAGUGUGUGGGGUUUGGCCUCGGUAGUUUAGGAGUGUCCAGGGGCCCCCUGAGGGAUCCGGCCGUGCAAUGGAGUAGUCUGACCGAUGGGAUUCAUUCCCUAAAUUAGGCCCACUAUAUAGGGCUACUGAUACUGUUCACUCACAAACAUCAAUACAGUAGGCUAUACGUUUUCUUUUUCUUUUUUCUAUACGGAAAUGAAACUUACAGAACUGAGGAGCCGCUCCCAGUGCAGGUAUGUGUUUGUGUUAGUGUAUAAAGGAGCUUGGAUUCUCCCUGGGUGAGUCCAUUGAUUCACCACAGUAGUCAGAACUUGACCGAUCAGUCACCAUGGGGGUGAAGGGCUUGGUUACGCUAAUGGAGGGAAACAACCGAAUCUACCAAGACAUCUGUUUCAGGGACAGCAAGUUACUGGUGGAUGGCAGUAACCUGGCCUACCACCUGUAUUUCAAGUUCUUCCUGGACCUGAGCCACGGUGGGGAGUACCUGGCUUACCAAGCUCUGGUUCAGGCUUUCUUCGCGAAUCUGCACAACUGUGGAAUCAAACCUUACGUGGUAAUGAAUGGAGGCUCGAGGAAAAGCGACAUUCAACUGAAAAACCUCCUGGAUAAGAACAGAAAGUUUCUCCAGAGCGCCCAUAAUAUCGCUCUGAAGGGUAGGAGGGAGCACAUCCUUCCCCCCCUCACCAUUUCAGUGUUUGAACAGACGCUGCGCAACAUGAAGGUGUCGCUGGUCAAAUGCUUCGGAGAGGCUGACGGCCAGCUGGCUGCCCUGGCCAGGGAGUGGGGCUGCCCAGUGCUGUCCGGACACACUGACUUCUACAUCUUUGACCUUCCAGAGGGGGUUCUGCCCCUGCAUCACUUCCGGUGGGAUGGGGUGGGGAUGAAUUUGGGCGGGUGUUACAUCCCCUGCAAGCGAUACACCACGUCCAGAUUCUGCACCUUCUUCAACAUCGACCGCCAGCUGUUGCCUGUCUUUGCCUCGUUGGUCGGGUACGACCAAAUCGGCUUUAGAGAAGUUAAAUGGGCCCAAUUCCUUCCAGUUGGAAGACAAAAGGAGACCUCCCGGUCAGCAGGCCUGGAGGGCCUCCUGAGUUGGAUGAGUCACUUUCAGACGACAGAAGACAUCUUGGGAGCAGCGAUGGCACUCAUACCCGACAUUGGUCAACAGGCACUGACGGAGGUGCAGACUGAGGUGCAGAAGUCCAUGCUGGAGUACCGGCUCCCCAGCUCCUCUCUGCAGGGGUUCUUCAGUGAGGGUACCAUUCCGCCUCUUCCCACUGAAUUGUUGCGCUGCGUCCCCGACUGGGUUUGCACGCCCCUGGCCAGAGGUGCCCUGAGCGGUGAUGUGUUGGACGUGCUAGUCGAUAGGAGGCUGAUUCUGGGGAUCCAGGUGGAGCUCAAAGAACUACAGAGCUGCAACCUAAUCUCGCAGCACAUCCGGCAGGUGUUCUACGGGCUGCUGCUGGGCCAGGGGCAAGGUGUGGUGAGGGAAGUGGACCGGGUUGAACUGGAGGUACUACCGUUGGUCCAAGGAGCCGCUCAACAGCUGAGACUGGCCACUCUGCCCCAGGUAAGCCUACCAACUCCUUGAUACCAACAGUUG